AUUGAAUUGCAAUGAAUUUUCAGAAAAGUUCGUUAUAGAAGAAUAAUUCGGUUACAAAUUACAAUUAAGCCAUUAUUGUAUUUCUGAACAUUUAGCAUUUAUUUGAUUAGCAAAAUAAAAAUAACCGAUAGUUGAUACUUUCUACUGAGACAAUUGAAUUAUGCAGUGUCUGGCGGGAAAUGCAGAUUUCUACGGAACUGGAAGCACGUGAGAUGGUUUUACGGGAAGUCUAUGAAAUGAGCCGCGCCACGACAAAACCAACAUAGAUUUCCCGUCAGACUUUCAUAUCGCUUUUUGUUGCCUUUGGGAGCUAAUAUUGAUUUAAAGAGUGAUCUAGACGUCGAAUCUAAACGAGCUCUGUGAUAAUGCUGGAAACUUCUAGUGUUAUAUAAUGGAAUUACUGACACGUUCUUCUGGAUAUAUUUUUCUCGUCUUUAUUUUCUCAUAUAUUACACAGACAGCGUGGGCAAUUUGUAUAGAAACAUGCACUGAAAGUAAUAAAGCGGACACAAUGACAAAGUGUCAGUAUCCGGCGUCCUUGCUGGAAGAUGCAAAAGAUUCUGGUAACGGUACUGCUGUAUGCAUUCGUUUUCAUCGACUUCUUGAAUGUGUAGGGAAAAAGGUGCCACAGUGUUUGGACAUUAUAAGUGAACAAUACGAGGAAAUCACUUUCUCACCUUGGGAUUGUCAUUUAUCUAACGAACAAAUUAUCUCAUAUCAGCUACUGGUAGAAAAUGGGUGUGCAUCUGCAUCAGAAUCAGAACCGCAGUCGAAUCCCGAGAAUAACGUUAUGAUUACAAGCUCGCACAGUGGACAUAUUAUAUUUGGCAGUGUUGUUGUUUAUAUGUUGAAAUUCUAAAGACGAAAUUUUCCUCGCUGAGGCAGUCGCAGUUGUACAUUCCUAUACAAAAUAAAAAGAUAUAUUACUCCUAUUUUAUCAAGAUAUGAGAUUUAAAGUGAAUUAGAGAUCGAUAAGAUCUUAGAUACGCUUGUACCAUGUAUACAAAACAACAAUACAUUGUUAAUAUUGGAUAUUUACACGUAGAACAACACUAGUGCAAUGAAAUGUAAAUACUAAAGUAACUUUUUCCCAUUGUACGAGUAUGUUGCGAACGACCUACUGCAUCGAUGUAUGUUUUUUUAAUUAAGGUCUGUCCAAUUAAGGGUUUUUAUUAAAUAUUUUCAAUAAGGCAUUUAAGCUCGGUUGUAAAACAGGUUAAUUCUUACAGCUUAUACAUUUGUUUAAAACCUCUUAGUCUUAUCUGUGUUGGUGUCAUAUGGCGAACUAAGUCGAAUAUGACUCAAACCCAGGAUCCUUGUGUUGAGGGGAAAAAACUUUAACCACUAGGUUACUGCGCACUUACAUAAGUUGAUGCGUAGCUUACCGAGAGUGAUGCAGUUUGAAAUCUGUGUAAACAGUAAAAUCUGGAUUCUGAGAUAUAGCAUCUGUUUAUUUUAAUGUAUAUCUCCUCGUGAAAUGUUACGUUGUAAUUUGAUUGUUGUCCUGUUUGAAAACAAACAUAUAUUUAGGGUCAAUUGAAGAAGUCAAGUAUGCUUUGUUUGUGUAAGUUUAUUUCUGUUUUGCAUUACUGUAAAGUUUAGAGAACAUGAAUAUUUUACAUGUUACUCAUAAUGUGAGUCGUCAGCAUUUUCAUUAUAUCAUUCCAAUAUGUUUUUUUGCAAUAAGAAAAUAUGUAAAUUUGAAAUAAAG